AAUGUCGUGGCCUACUUUGACUGUUAGACUUCAACAAAAAGUCAUCAGAUAUUUGGAUUAUGAGUCGAGAUGUAAUCUUCGAAUUUGUUCGAAAGAUGAUAAGGAUUCGGUGGACUCGGUCAAGUUCAAUCCAAAAACUUUAAUGCUUUAUGAAAUCACAAGUGAUAUGUCCGAAGAAAAAACAAUCGUCCGAAUGCAAAUUGAUACAUUCAAAAUGUGGUUCAUUGGUAAAAACAAUAUCACAAAAGUUGAUAAGAGUUGGAAUGGAGAAUUAGUCGAUGAGUUGAGUGAAUUGAAACAGGAAAAUCGAUAUGAUGUCAUCAGAAGAUAUUUAACAAGAAUGUCUUUAGAUGGAAUAAUUCAGGCAGAAUCUAUUAAACUUGACGAUCUAUCCUUUUCUCCACCAGAAACUUUGAAAUUCAAAUGUGAUAACCUUGAAGCUUCGUAUAUUGGAAAUAAUCAUGACGCCUUAUGGAUGAAACAAUUUAUUCUUGAAUUUAAAAAUCUUACAAUUAUAAAAUACCAUCCACAUGAAGAUAUUGGAUUCACGUAUUCCGAACUCAAAGUUUCAAAUUCAUUGAAUCUCAACUGCGAUAUUGGCAUUACUGAUAAGGAUUUACUUGAAAUCAAAGCAACAAGUUUGAAUAUUUCAUCACAACUUAUCACAGUAGAAGGAGCAAAGAAAGCCCUUGAGAGAUUUUUGAAACGAGGAAAGAAAACCGAUACUUUCGUUUUGGAAAUCAGAAGACCUGAAAAUUUCAAUGCACAAGAGCACAUUAUUCCAAAAUCUUUGGUUAUCCGAAAAAUUAUCAGAAGAGGAGAAACCGAAGACGAAUAUUACGGAAAAAUCUUUCGUGGAUUCGAAAAUGAAAAUGGCGUCCAAGAUGUUCGUGAUUUCAAUUCUUCUCUAAUGGGUGAUAAAUUAAUAGUAUCAUGUAGUGUUUAUGAAAAGAGUGAGACUCCUUGCCAACUAUACCCAUUUUAUUAUAGUUAUGGUUAAUUACUAUUUAAUUGUUAAUUGUUUUAUCUGUUUCAUAUGUACUACAUUUUUUCAUAAAUUAUUAGUUUAU